GACCUCAGGCGCCCUGCGUAAGCCUGGCGACCGGCUAGCCACACACCCGAGGCGCGGCCGGAAGGGGCUCUGCUAGGGUAGAGGGAGCUGCAGUAGUGGCUUGCGGCUUGCACAGAACUGCACCCCCCUUUUAGUGGACUCUGCUGUAGGCCUACGGAUCCCGCCAAAUCCCAUUCUCCGACCCUUGUUUUAGCCUUUUGUCACCCUUGUGAUCGGGGCUUGGUACUGGGUAUUGCCAGGCGUUAUCUCGGAAGGUGUUCAGGGACCGGACGUCUCCGGGCGGAGUUCCAGCUGCUCACCAACUCUGCUACCCCAGCCCUCUUGGGGUCGCGCUCUCUGGGCUCUGGACCCCAUGGCUGAUAAGAAACUCGUGGUGGUUUUUGGAGCCACAGGUGCGCAGGGUGGCUCUGUGGCACGUACACUGCUGGAAGAUGGGACAUUCAGGGUUCGAGUGGUAACGAGGAACCCCGAGAAGAGGGCAGCCAAAGAGCUGAAGCGGCAGGGUGCGGAGGUGGUGCGAGGUGACCAGGACGAUGCGCCUAGCAUGGAACUGGCCCUGACCGGGGCUCAUGCCGCCUUCAUUGUGACCAAUUACUGGGAGAAGUGCAGCAAGGACCGAGAAGUGCGGCAGGGCAAGCUUCUAGCCGAUCUAGCCAAACGCUUGGGCCUCCAUUACGUAGUGUACAGUGGCCUGGAGAACAUCAGGAAGCUGACGGCUGGGAGGCUGGCCGCCGGACACUUUGAUGGCAAAGGGGAAGUAGAGGAAUACUUCCGAGACAUUGGCGUUCCUAUGACCAGUGUGCGGCUGCCUUGCUAUUUCGAGAACCUCCUUUCCUAUUUCCUGCCCCAGAAAGCUGCAGAUGGAAAGAGCUUCUUGCUGGACUUGCCCAUGGGUGACGUCCCCAUGGAUGGAAUGUCUGUGAGUGACCUGGGCCCCGUGGUGCUCAGCUUGCUGAAGAAGCCAGAAGAGUACAUAGGGCAGGACAUCGGGCUCAGUACCUGCAGGCACACCGCGGAGGAAUAUGCCGCUCUGCUCAGCGAGCACACUGGCAAGACUGUGCACCCUGCCAAGACAACUCCGGAGGAAUACGAGAAGCUUGGUUUCCAGGGGGCUCAAGACUUGGCCAACAUGUUCCGUUUCUAUGCCCUGAAACCUGACCGGAACAUUGACCUGACCCUGCGACUCAACCCCAAGGCCCAGACACUGGACCAGUGGCUGGAGCGGCACAAGGGAGACUUUGCGCAGCUGUGACCUUGAAGCACAGCACUCUUGUGUACAGUUCUGUUUGUUUGUUUUUUACUCCCAAAUAAAAACCAUUGUUCUCGCA